AUGAAGCCGCAUCCUUUGCUAACGAUAGAGUCAACCAUUAUCAAGAAAGGCGACAAUAAAAUUUUAAUGUUUGUUUGUUAUAACGAUGCCAUCACUAAGAGCUUGGAUGAUCCUACUUUAAUGACGAGAAUAAUUAAUUUCAUCUCUCCUCUUAUGUGCCCAAUAAAAUUUUUAAAAUUGUUAUUGAUGGGAGGAUUAAGAAGUUCCACAGUAGAGUAG